GUCUAUUCCCCUCCCCCGUUGCCGUGGGGCGGGCCCGGAGCCCACCCCGCUAUCGCCAUGCCCACCGCGGCGGCAGCGCCGAUUAUCCGCUGCGUGCAGAAGCUGGUGCUUUACGAGACCAGAGCUCGGUAUUUUCUUGUUGGGAGUAAUCAUGCAGAGACCAAGUAUCGUGUUUUGAAAAUUGAUCGCACUGAACCGACGGAUUUAGUUAUAAUUGAUGAUAAGCAUGUGUACACACAACAAGAGGUGAGGGAACUUCUUGGCCGCCUAGAUCUGGGAAAUAGAACAAAGAUUGGACAGAAGGGCUCCUCUGGGUUAUCUCGAGCUGUCUCUGCUUUCGGUGUCGUAGGUUUUGUUAGAUUUUUAGAAGGCUACUACAUUGUGUUAAUAACAAAAAGGAGAAAGAUGGCAGAUAUUGGAGGGCAUGCAAUAUACAAAAUAGAAGAUACAAAUAUGAUCUACAUUCCAAAUGACACUGUACGAAUCACUCAUCCUGAUGAAGCAAGAUAUCUACGAAUCUUUCAAAAUGUGGACCUGUCUAGCAAUUUUUAUUUUAGCUACAGCUAUGAUCUGUCACACUCUCUUCAAUAUAAUCUUACCAUCCUGAGAAUGCCACUUGAGAUAUUAAAAACUGAAACAAUUCAGACUCGACAGGAGAGCUUUGAUAUCUUUGAAGAUGAGGGACUUACAGCACAAGGUGGAAGUGGUGUAUUUGGGAUUUGCAGUGAACCAUAUAAAAAGUACGUGUGGAAUGGUCAACUGCUGGACAUAGUAAAAAAUACUGUUCAUCAUGACUGGCUGUUAUAUGUUAUUCAUGGAUUUUGUGGGCAGUCCAAACUGUUAAUAUAUGGUCGUCCAGUGCAUGUCACUCUGAUAGCCAGAAGAUCAAGCAAAUUUGCUGGAACACGUUUUCUAAAGAGAGGAGCAAACUCUGAGGGGGAUGUUGCUAAUGAAGUAGAAACUGAACAAAUACUUUGUGAUGCUUCAGUGAUGUCAUUUUCUGCAGGGAGCUAUUCUUCUUACGUUCAAGUUCGAGGCUCAGUCCCACUAUACUGGUCUCAAGAUAUUUCGACUAUGAUGCCUAAGCCACCAAUUACAUUGGACCAAGCAGAUCCAUUUGCGCACAUAGCUGCACUUCACUUUGAUCAAAUGCUUCAGAGGUUUGGCUCUCCCAUUAUCAUUUUGAAUCUUGUGAAGGAACGUGAAAAAAGAAAGCAUGAAAGGAUUCUGAGUGAAGAACUUGUUGGUGCAGUGACAUAUCUCAAUCAGUUUUUACCCCCAGAACAUGCUAUUGUGUAUAUUCCUUGGGAUAUGGCCAAAUACACAAAAAGCAAACUGUGUAAUGUCCUGGAUAGAUUGAAUGUAAUUGCGGAAAGUGUAGUGAAGAAAACAGGAUUCUUUGUAAAUCGUCCUGAUUCCUACUGCAGCAUUUUGCGGCCAGAUGAAAAAUGGAAUGAACUGGGAGGUUUUGUUGUUCCCACUGGUCGCUUACAGACUGGUGUUCUUCGAACCAAUUGUGUUGACUGUUUAGAUCGCACUAACACAGCCCAGUUCAUGGUGGGGAAGUGUGCGUUAGCCUAUCAGCUCUAUUCUUUGGGGUUGAUUGAUAAACCCAAUUUGCAGUUUGACACAGAUGCUGUUAGGUUAUUUGAGGAGUUGUAUGAAGAUCAUGGAGACACACUUUCUCUGCAAUAUGGAGGUUCUCAACUUGUUCAUCGAGUAAAAACCUACAGGAAGAUAGCACCAUGGACCCAACAUUCCAAAGAUAUUAUGCAGACGCUCUCAAGAUAUUACAGUAAUGCUUUUUCAGAUGCUGACAGGCAAGACUCAAUUAACCUAUUUUUGGGAGUAUUCCAGCCUGCAGAAGGAAAACCUCAUCUUUGGGAGCUUCCUACAGACUUUUACUUGCAUCACAAGAACACUAUGAGUCUUUCACAGACCAGGCGAAGCUAUACCUACUGGUGGACACGAGGUGUAUUAAAUCAUUUACCACUGCCUUAUGAUGAGGUGACAUGCACUGAAAACAGAAGGAAGUUGAUAGUGAAGAAAUUUCACAAAUAUGAAGAAGAGAUUGAUAUUCACAACGAGUUCUUUCGGCCAUAUGAAUUAAGCAGUUUUGAUGACACCUUUUGCUUGGCAAUGACCAAUUCUAUACGAGAUUUCAUGCCCAAGAAUGUUGGAAUUGAUCCAAGUCCAUUUACAGUGCGGAAACCUGAUGAAACUGGAAAAUCAGUGGUGGGGAACAAAAGUAAUAGAGAAGAAACUGUGCUGCAGCGCAAAACAGCUGCUAGUGCCCCUCCUCCCCCAAGUGAGGAAGCAGUGUCAAGUAGUUCUGAGGAUGAUUCUGGGACUGACAAAGAAGAUGAGGGAGCUGUUUCUCAGCGUUCCACUCCAGUAAAGAUGACAGAUACAGGCGAUAAUAUAAAAAUAACAGAGAACAUAGUUCAGUCCAUGAAAGAUAUGUAUGGGAUUAACCUCUCAGAUGUUCCUUCAGAGGAUGACCUCACAAUAUAUACAAGGUUUGUUCAGUUGGGGCAGAAUCAACAUAAACAAGACAAGAACAACCAGCAGCUUUGUUCAAAACAUCGUCUAGAUGGGGUUAUAAAUUUAAUACACAUCUCCUCUUUUUCCCAAGACAACAUUUAUGAAGUCCAGCCUCCUAAAGUAGAUAAGAAAUCAAUUGAUAUCUUCCAUGCUCACAUUCAGGCUGGCAGAGGCACCAUGCAGCCACUGGUAAAAGAAGACAUCCUCAUGUACAGAGAGUACAUUAGAAACCGAUAUAUGUGAAAACAGACUGGAUUCAACUGCUUAGCAUUGCUGGAGCGAUGGUACAAAUCAAUUUAGAAAGGAAGUCCAAGUUCGGCUAUUUUGUGGUGGUAAAACAGCAGCAAUUAUUUAUCAACCUGUAUCUUUCUGAAUGAUUUCAUUUUUGAGAUAUUGUAUGCUUUGCAAAAAUAAAAAUGUGACUGAAGAUGUA